AGGGUUUUCAUACGCUGCAAGUAUGCACGGCGCUCUGUCUUCCUACUCCAAAGAGGAGGUUUGUGGAUUAGUUGGAAGCUCCCAUAAGAAGAAUGGGGGAUGUGCUGGCUCUCAAAAGGAACCUGGUUGCAAAGAAUCAAAUAAACUUAGUGGUCAUGCUGAGCCAAUUCCAAAUCAUAAGAUCCAUCAACUUGAAGGAAAGCCAUAUUUCACAGCUAUAAUGGGAACGGCUAGUGUUUGCCGUAGUUUUUUAGUGAAAAUUCCAAAAAGUUUUAGUGAAUUUCUUCCUUCAUCAUCUGCAUGGAUUAUACUAUGCUGCCGCGAAAAAGAAUGGGCUGCAAAAUGCAGAGUGUCCCAGAGCGCCAAGUUUAUAAACGAGGGAUGGAAACAAUUUGUGUUGGAUAACAAUUUAAAAAUUGGAGAUGGCUGUGUUUUUGAACUGAUGAAUAUCAAAGAGCUGAGAUUCAGAGUUCAGAUUCUAAGUGGAGAAUUGCCUGUCAGCCCAACAACUGAUAUUUUUACACGAGGAAAUAGCAUUGAUACUCCUAUUUUGAUUGGCUAAAUUAGUUUCAUGCUGAAUGAAGUGUAUAGGGGACUUCUUUUCUAUGUUUUCUUAUACGUGAAAAUGAAAUCCAUGUUUGGUGUAAUAUAAGUGAUAUCUAUAUGUUUUGAUCGAAAUAUUUGUAGUGCGACGUAUUUGGCGCAAUGAAAAUUAUGGAAAAUAUUUUU